GGGGAGAGCUGGUUCUAGCGGCAGGUCCAGGAACCCAGCUGCGUUAGCGGACUGGGUCUCCUAGCAACCUGGCAGGCCAGCCAUGGCCGGCGGGGAGCGGGACUACAUUUCCCAGAGACAUCACGUCCCGAACGCGGCUUCAUUUCCGUUUGUUCGCGCGAUUUGGGGGCCUUGCGUGGGGAGAGGGCUGCGUCUGCAGAGGAGCUUGGCCUGGCUCCCGCAGCGGGGGGCGAACCUGAGACCAGGCGCCGGACCCUGGGCCCUGAACUGCACUGUCUGUCGAGCACCCAGAGGAAGAAAGAAUGGCUGUUUUACAAUCAAAAGGAAGCUCCAGGCACUGCCUUUUGCAGACUCUGUGCUUCUCUAAGAUAGGAAUCCAGAAGAUAAUUGAUCAUUUCUUGCAGCUGUAAAAACCAUGGCUCAGAGAUCAGUAAUGUUCAGGGAUGUUGCCAUUGACUUCUCUCAGGAAGAGUGGGAAUACCUGGAUUCUGCUCAAAGGGAUUUGUAUAGAGAUGUGAUGUUGGAGAACUAUAGUAACUUUGUAUCACUCGACUUACCUUCAAGGGGUACAAACAAGGACUUAUCUCCAAAAAAGGACACUUCUGAAACAGAAUUAUCUCAAUGGGAAAUGAGUGCCAGGCUUGACAACUGUAAUCUUGAGGAAUCCAGUUCCAGAGAUUAUUUGGAAGUCAAACGCACAUUGGAAAAGCCACAAGAAAAUCAGGAGGAAUGUUUCAGGCAAGGAAUAACCAUAUAUGAAAAAAUGUCUAUUUUCAACCAGCAUACUUAUUUAUCUCAACAUGCUAUGUGUCACUCUACUGAGAAACCCUAUAAAUGUAAGGAAUGUGGGAAGGCCUUUAGACGAGCCGCACAUCUAACUCAACAUCAGAGUAUUCAUACUGGUGAAAAACCCUAUGAAUGUAUGCAGUGUGGGAAGGCCUUUAGUCGUGACUCACAACUCAGUCUUCAUCAGAGACUUCAUACUGGUGAGAAACCCUAUGCCUGCAAAGAAUGUGGGAAGGCCUUUACUCAGAGCUCUCAGCUUAUUUUACAUCAUAGGACUCAUACUGGUGAAAAACCAUAUAAGUGUGAAGAAUGUGGGAGAGACUUUAUUCGUAGCUCACAACUCAGCCGACAUCAAAAAGUUCAUACUGGGGAGAAACCUUAUAAAUGUAAAGAAUGUGGGAAGGCCUUUACUCAGAAUUCACAACUUACUCUGCACCAGAGACUUCAUACUGGUGAGAAACUCUAUGAAUGUAAAGAAUGUAGAAAGGUCUUUACGCAGCUCUCCCAACUUAUUCUUCAUAAGAGAAUUCAUACUGGUGAAAAACCCUAUGAGUGUAAGGAGUGUGGCAAAGCUUUUAUUUGUGGCUCACAGCUUUCUCAACAUCAAAAGAUUCAUAAUGGGGAAAAGCCAUAUGAAUGUCAGGAAUGUGGAAAGGCCUUUAUUCGUGGCUCAUUACUUAUGCAGCAUCAGAGGAUUCAUACUGGUGAAAAACCCUAUAAAUGUGAAGAAUGUGGGAAGGCUUUUAUCCGUGGCUCACAGCUUACUCAACACCAGAGAAUUCAUACCAAUGAGAAGCCCUACGAAUGUAAGGAAUGUGGGAGAACCUUUAGUCAUGGCUCACAACUUUCUCAGCAUCAGAGAAUUCAUACUGGUGAGAAACCCUAUCAGUGUAAGGAAUGUGGAAAGGCCUUUAAUCGUGGCUCCCUCCUUACUCGACAUCAACGGAUUCAUACUGGCGAAAAACCCUAUGAAUGUAAAGAAUGUGGAAAGACAUUUAGUCGUGGCUCAGAACUUACUCAACAUGAGAGAAUUCACACUGGUGAGAAACCCUAUGAGUGUAAGGAAUGUGGGAAGUCUUUUAUUCGUGGCUCACAGCUUACUCAACAUGAGAGAAUUCACACUGGUGAGAAACCCUAUAAAUGUAAAGAAUGUCGAAUGGCCUUUACACAGAGUUCACAUCUUUCUCAACAUCAGAGACUUCAUACUGGUGAGAAACCCUAUGUAUGUAAUGAAUGUGGGAAGGCCUUUGCUCGUGGGUUACUACUUAUACAGCAUCAGAGAAUUCAUACAGGUGAGAAACCAUAUCAGUGUAAGGAGUGUGGGAAGGCCUUUAUUCGUGGUUCACAACUUACUCAACAUCAGCGAAUUCACACUGGAGAAAAACCCUAUGAAUGCAAGGAAUGUGGGAAAGCCUUUAGUCACGGUUCUCAACUUACUCUACAUCAGAGAAUUCACACUGGUGAGAAACCCUAUGAAUGCAAAGAGUGUAGAAAAGCCUUUACUCAGAGUUCACAUCUUUCUCGACAUCAGAGAGUUCAUACUGGUGAGAAACCAUAUCAAUGUAAGGAAUGUGGGAAGGCCUUUACUCGUGGUUCACAACUAACUCAACAUCAAAGAAUUCAUAUCAGUGAGAAAUCCUUUGAGUAUAAGGAAUGUGGGAUAGACUUCAAUCGUGGCUCACAAGUUUAUAUAUGAAUUCUCUGAUUCUUUGUGAUUAAUACAGAGAGUCUUCUCUGGACUUUAACCCGUGAUCAUCAAAGAAUGCUUAAAAUGUGAAUGUCGAAACAUAUUUGCUUCAUAAAGUUUAGCAUCAGUGAAUUUGUAUGGGGGAAAGCUAAUGAUAAUGUAAUCCAUGUAGGAAAACCUAUCAUUACUGGAAAUCUAUUAAACUUUAGCAGAUUAUAAAAGAAUAAUUCUUUUAAUGUAAAUAUAAGAAGAUUUUUAGCCAUAGCAUAUGUCUUUUUCAAAAUUAUCUUGACUCUUGCAGUUGCUUUCCUUUGUGACGUUUAUCAUGAUAGUUAACCUCUGCUUUGGUUUAAUCAGUUGUCAGGCAGACCUAAGAAUAAUUCCUUCCUUAUAAGAUUCUUGGGAGUAUUAUGUAAGUUCUUACCUGUAAAGUUCUUAGAACAGUGCCUUCAACAUGGCAUAUUACAAACAUUAGCAGUCAUUAUUACUUGUGUUAUUUUAGAGAAUUUGCAUGAGAUGAGAACUUUUAUUAUUAUAAUGAAUAGUGAGAAAUCUUUUUUUUUUUUCCCCU